GUCUUCCCGGCUCCCCUUCUCAGGGAAGGCGAGACGCAGAGAUGCCGCCGGGGCCUCCCCGCCCCCCUUCUCCAGCCUCCGCAACAAUGGAGGGCCGGGCUGCAGAGGCCAGGGCGCCGGCCCCCGGGCCGCGAGCAGGUGGUCAGAGAAACCUUCGUGGGCCCCACUCAAGCCCAGACUUUAACCCUUGGAUUGGCCUGAAAAAGCGCUCCGAGUUCUUCUGCCCGCGCAGCCUCCCGAGGCCACCAGCAGGGGGCAGCAGACGCCGGAGCCCUCCCCUCGGUGAGCUCCGUCCCGGCGCCUCCCACACCCCCUACCUCUCAGCAGCUGGGACUCCGCCUGCACAACCCCCCCCCCCCGCCCCACCGCCCCAGGCUGGAACCUCCACUGCCGAAUUGCAGAGGCCCCAGAAAUAA